UUUCUUUUUCUUCUGCCCAUAAUAAAGGUUGGGCAUUUUGCUAGUGUUGUGUAUAUAUGAACAAGAACGCGCCCAGAGAUCCCUCCAUUAAUUAUCCCCCCUCUCUGCUCCGUCAGUCGGUUUGGCGGUCGAUCGAUCGGUGACGCCGUGACGGUGUAUGUAGGCCGACUGGUCCACGUACGUGCGGUGCGAUUGCUGUUGUGAUCGAGGAACCGCGAAAUGGGUCGCGGGGGCGACGUGGACGGCGCGGCGGGCGCGCUGCGGCGGUUCGUGCGGGAAGCGGGAGGGUGCGCGGUGGUGGACGGCGGGCUGGCCACGGAGCUGGAGGCGCACGGCGCGGACCUGCAUGACGAGCUCUGGAGCGCCAGCUGCCUCGUCUCCGCCCCUCACCUCAUCCGCAAGGUGCAUUUGGACUACCUCGACGCCGGCGCCAACAUCAUAACCUCGGCGUCUUACCAGGCGACGAUACAGGGGUUCCAGGCGAGAGGCCUGUCGCGUGAGCGGAGCGAGGCGCUGCUUCGUCGGAGCGUCCACAUCGCGCAGGAGGCGCGCGCCAUCUUCGCCGAGGGCUGGUCCAAGGGCCCGUACGCCAACCACCGCUCCUCGCCGCGCCGGCCCGUGCUCGUGGCCGCCUCCAUCGGCAGCUACGGCGCCUAUCUCGCCGACGGCUCCGAGUACACCGGCGACUACGGCAUAUCGGUGACCAAGGAGACGCUCAAGAGCUUCCACCGGAGGAGGCUGCAGGUGCUCGCCGACGCGGGGCCCGAUCUCAUCGCGUUCGAGACGAUCCCGAACAAGCUGGAGGCGCAGGCGAGCGGCGACCCCAUCACGGAGUGCGCCGCCGUGGCCGACGCCUGCGCGAGGGUCGGCGCCGUCGGGGUGAACUGCACCGCCCCCAGGCUGGUGCACGGCCUGAUCCUCUCCAUCAGGAAGGUGACGAGCAAGCCGGUCGUCGUGUACCCCAACAGCGGGGAGACCUACGUGGCCGAGACCAAAGAAUGGGUGGAGUCGGAGGGCGGCGCGUCGGAGACGGACUUCGUGUCGUGCGUCGGCAAGUGGAGGCAGGCGGGCGCCGCCCUCGUCGGGGGUUGCUGCAGGACGAGCCCGGCCACGGUGAGGGCCAUCUCGUGGGCGCUGCGUGAAUCGGAUGACGCCGUGGGUGGUGACGGCGAUCGCGACGAUUUCCCUGCAGUGGCCGUGCUCUAGUUGUUCCUGCCUUGUCGUCGAUCAUCGAGUCUCGUGGUUGUCUGGUUGAGCGCGCAGUUUUGUGUGUGUAUCCAUGCUUCCAAUCAAUGGAAAAUGGAAAUAAAAUGGUUCGGUUCGUGCAGUUUAUUCGAUUUUCAACACCUUCUCGCCUUCUCGGUCCAGGAGGAACACAAUCUUUCACAUCUUGUAACGAAAAAUAAAUUGAUCCGCCUCAAUGUUUCAUCUCUAA